UAUUCAGAGGUGAGACGAUCACUCUGACAUGUGAGGUGCAGGAAGGAGGUGAAACCACUGAGUGGUGGUAUGAAUGGAGAGGACCCAGGACACCCACACAGUGGACACACAAUAAUGAUGUGACAUUCAGAGUUUCUGAGUCCAGCAGUGGAGACUACAUGUGUAAGAGUCGACGCAGAGAUGACUCAUAUUCUUCAACAGAGUGGAGUGAAGCCUUCACAUUGUCAGCAUCAACAGAUCAAUCACAGGCCCAAGUAACUUCUGAUAUGAGAGACAUCCCAGUAGGGGGCAGUGUGACCCUGACCUGCUCUGUGAACUCAUCAUCAUCAUCAUCUGGAUGGAAAUACUACUGGUACAGAGAUGAGAACUCCUCUGAACCUCUGACCAUACAAGAUGCAGUUUUCCACUCAAAUGGACAAAUCAGUGUCUCACAGGAAGGACUCUACAGGUGCAGAGGAGGAAGAGGAAACCCAGUUUACUACACAGAGGACAGCCAGUCAGUCAGGAUUGAUCACAGGGCAGCACCUGAAAGCUCUUCAUUUCUCACUCCUUUGAUCGUUGGACUCGUUUGUGGAGUUUUACUGAUUCUUCUUCUUCUUCUGCUUUUGUGUCGCUUCAAACAGUCAAAGGAUUCAUUCUUUGUCAGGACUCGGAGCACAAAUCAGAGCUCUGCAAUGAACCACAUGAUCAAGGAUGAAGCUCAACACAGUCGACAUAACUCUACUGUCCAAGGUGAUGCUUGUGUUUAUGAAUCAAUCAAAGACCACGAUGACACACAAAAUGAUGACAGUGUGUUGUAUGCACAGGUCUCCCACGAUAGAUCUAAAACCAAGAAAGACAACGAUGACAGCCUGUUGUACGCACAGGUCUAUUACACUAAAGCGAAACCUAAGAGACACAAAGGAAAACCAGCUCCUGCAGCAGCUGAUGAAACAGUUUAUUCUGAAGUUAAAUCACAAACAGCUCUGGGUUACUGUGCAGAAAUAAAAUAGCUUACAUGUUGCUGUAACGAUGAACUUAAAUACUAAAGUUUUUAAGUUUUUAGGGAGUAAAUUUAGUUCUAAAUCACCUUUAAUGACUGAAUUGUGCUGCACCAUUUCUUUCAGAUUAAUAACAAGAUCUGCAAAACCAACCGGAUCAGUGACAAGACUGAGUUAAUUCCAUUAGAAGUAAAGAGCUCAUUGGAGAAAAUGAGAUUAUGCACUGUUUUGUAAAAUAAAAUAAAGUCAAACAAACUUUCUUUCAUCAUAAUAGCACCAACUGAUGAUCUGGCUUUGAGACCAGGAUGCUUUUUAGAGUCUUUUUACAUUUAGAUUGCUCAAUAAAUAAACAACAAAUAAAAAAAUAAAAAUAAACAACAUUUGGAAAUGAAAGUCAACAACCUACAGAGGGCUAAAUGCAGAGACACAUCAAAGUGACAAAAUAAUGCAGCAGGUUUGUCCAUUUUGUCAAAUGUUCAUUGCAUCAACUCAGAAUGAUACUCAGUUGUCAGUUUGGCCAACGUGUGCUUGUGUGCAUGCCUGACAAUCUUGGAGCAUAUGAAUAAUGAGUCAAUGGUGUCCUGGGGAUCUCCUCCAAGAUCUGGACCAGGGCAUCUGAGCUCCUGGAGAGUCUGAGCUGCAGCAUGGCAGCUUCAAAUGGAGAGAAGCAUAAUGUCCCAGUUGGAUUUUGGUCAGGCGAGUGUGGGGACCAGUCAGUGGUAUCAAUUCCGUAAUCCUCCAGGAACUGCCUGCAUACUCUCAACACAUGAGGGUGGUCAUUAUCAUACCAGGAGGAACCCAGGACCCACAGCACAAUAGGGUCUGACAGUGGGUGACAGACUCUUGAGCAUGCACUGAAUUGGCAUCCUAGAGGAGUUGGACAUCCUGUACAACCUCUGUAGCAUCCAGGGAUCGUCUCACCCUGCUGUACCUAGUGUUAACUACAUUUUCUGCUACUUCAUCGAGGAUAGACAUUUGAGUGAUGUGAUGCUAAACACUGAUUAAAAAUAAUUCCUUUAAUUUUUUUUGAGCAGUGCAUGUUUACAGAUGUUUCCUGUAUUGUUUCUAAAAUCAUUUGAUGUGUAUGAUAACCAUACAUGUUUCUCUUCCCCUGCAUGAAUUAAGCAUCACUUGACAUUUUUCUAUAAAGUUGCUUUUCUUCUUUUAACAGCUUUAGGAAAAGAUCAACUUUAAAUUUUAUUUUAUGGAAGCUGCUUGGAGAGCUGCAAUUGUGUUAUAUGAAUAUGUGUUUCCUAUAAGAUAUUUAAUCUCAAAUAUUGUUACAUCUACAGUCUUGUUUGUUGAAAAACAAUUUUUCUUGUUUUCUUGUUUCUGCGCUUCAUUGCUCCAGAUAGAUCUAAUUCACACAUGGCUGAUAUCAUCCACAUAUUUUAGUUUCUGUCAGUGUAAGAUUUAGUUCUUCCUCCCAGCUGUUACCAGGUGCUUGUUUAAAGCAGACUUUUUAUUUUAAGGUGAUUAUCUUAUAAAAUAAAGCAUUUUGAGGCGGCUAUUAUUGUGAGUUGUUGUUAAAUAAACAAAAUUGAUUCAAA